AUGACGGGCAAAGAUGCCGCCGCCGGCGGCAGCGGCGGCGGCAAGGGCCGCCUCUUCACGGUGGGCCUUGUCACGGCGUGGUACUCGUCCAACAUCGGGGUUCUGCUGCUCAACAAGUACCUGCUCAGCAACUACGGCUUCAAGUACCCCAUCUUCCUCACCAUGUGCCACAUGUCCGCCUGCUCCCUCUUCUCCUACGCCGCCAUCGCCUGGCUCCGCAUCGUCCCCAUGCAGCUCCCGCGCUCCCGCCUCCAGCUCGCCAAGAUCGCCGCGCUCAGCCUCGUCUUCUGCGCCUCCGUCGUCUCAGGCAACAUCUCCCUCCGCUACCUCCCCGUCUCCUUCAACCAGGCUGUCGGCGCCACCACCCCCUUCUUCACCGCCGUCUUCGCCUACUUCAUGACCGUCAAGCGCGAGUCCUUCCUCACCUACCUCGCGCUCGUGCCCGUCGUCACCGGUGUCAUCAUCGCCAGCGGAGGAGAGCCCAGCUUUAAUCUGUUUGGGUUCAUCAUGUGUGUUGGAGCAACUGCUGCGAGGGCACUCAAGACGGUCUUGCAAGGGAUUCUUAUGUCUUCUGAUGGGGAGAAGAUUAAUUCCAUGAACCUGCUCAUGUACAUGGCGCCAAUCGCUGUUCUUCUCUUGGCCCCUGCAACUAUCUUCAUGGAGGAUAAUGUUGUUGCCAUUACGAUACAACUGGCCAAGAAGGACAUCAACAUAAUUUGGUACCUGCUCUUCAACUCUUCCUUGGCCUACUUCGUGAAUCUGACCAACUUCUUGGUGACAAAGCAUACCAGUGCAUUAACCCUACAGGUCCUGGGCAACGCAAAAGGAGCGGUUGCAGUUGUGAUCUCCAUCUUGAUAUUCAGGAACCCGGUGUCUAUAACUGGGAUGCUGGGCUACACGCUGACUGUCAUAGGGGUGCUUCUUUACAGUGAAGCUAAGAAGCGAACCAAGCAAUGA